UGUUUCCUGUGCUGGAGCUCCCGUUGCGGCGGCGCUCGUGGCAGCCCUGGCGGACGCAGGAGCGAUGGCAGCAACCGACAUAGCUCGCCAGGUGGGUGAAGGUUGCCGAACUGUCCCCCUGGCUGGACAUGUGGGGUUUGACAGCUUGCCUGACCAGCUGGUGAAUAAGUCAGUCAGCCAGGGCUUCUGCUUUAACAUCCUGUGUGUGGGAGAGACAGGUUUGGGCAAAUCCACCCUCAUGGACACUCUGUUCAACACCAAGUUUGAGGGGGAGCCAGCCACCCACACACAGCCAGGUGUCCAGCUUCGGUCUAAUACCUAUGACCUCCAAGAGAGCAAUGUGGGGCUAAAGCUCACAAUCGUAAGCACAGUGGGCUUUGGGGACCAGAUCAACAAGGAGGACAGCUACAAGCCCAUCGUGGAAUUCAUAGAUGCCCAGUUCGAAGCCUACCUGCAGGAGGAGCUGAAGAUCCGCAGGGUUCUGCACACCUACCACGACUCUCGCAUCCAUGCCUGCUUGUACUUCAUCGCCCCUACAGGUCAUUCCCUAAAGUCUCUGGAUCUAGUGACAAUGAAGAAGCUGGAUAGUAAGGUGAACAUAAUCCCCAUCAUUGCCAAGUCGGAUGCCAUUUCUAAGAGUGAGCUAACGAAGUUCAAAAUCAAAAUAACCAGUGAGCUUGUCAGCAACGGGGUCCAGAUCUACCAGUUUCCUACAGAUGACGAGUCGGUGGCAGAGAUCAAUGGAACCAUGAACGCCCACUUGCCUUUCGCUGUCAUUGGCAGCACAGAAGAACUGAAGAUAGGCAACAAGAUGAUGAAGGCGCGACAGUACCCUUGGGGCACCGUGCAGGUUGAAAACGAGGCCCACUGCGACUUUGUGAAGCUGCGGGAGAUGCUGAUUCGGGUCAACAUGGAGGACCUCCGGGAGCAGACCCACAGCCGGCACUAUGAGCUGUACCGCCGCUGUAAGCUGGAGGAGAUGGGCUUCAAGGACACUGACCCCGACAGCAAACCCUUCAGUUUACAGGAGACAUAUGAGGCCAAAAGGAACGAGUUCCUAGGAGAGCUCCAGAAAAAAGAAGAGGAGAUGAGACAGAUGUUCGUCCAGAGAGUCAAAGAGAAAGAAGCUGAACUGAAAGAGGCAGAGAAAGAGCUACACGAGAAGUUUGACCGUCUGAAGAAACUACACCAGGAUGAGAAGAAGAAGCUGGAGGAUAAGAAGAAAUCUCUGGAUGAUGAAGUGAAUGCUUUCAAACAGAGGAAGACAGCGGCUGAGCUGCUCCAGUCCCAGGGAUCUCAGGCUGGAGGCUCACAGACUCUGAAAAGGGACAAAGAGAAGAAAAACUUUUUUUAAUCUUGUCUUCAGCAGCUGCAUUAAGUCUAAAGGAGAAGACUGCCAUUAUAGAAGAGUUAGGGUUCCACAUUGUUUCAAACCAGAAACCAACCAAUUCCCUCUUCCCCCCAACCUGAGCGCGUGCAUGUGCGCGCGCGCGCACACACACACACACAACACACACACACAACACACUCAGCAAGUGUUCAAUGUCCCUGUGUCCAGGCAAGAAGCUCUCUCCUGAUUUACAUGGUAUUUUAAAUGGAAGUAUCUUGUCCUAACCUAACAAGGCAGGAAAAGAACCAUCAGAGCUGGAGAAUGGACCAAGUGUAACCUCAGAGAGACAACUACAGGACAGCUCACCCAAGUGUAAGUGACUGGGGCAGGACACCUCAGCUGUGGGUGUGGAAGUGCUGUUCACAGGUUUUCGGUUGAGUUUUUGGUUUUUCUUCUUAAACACGAAUUCUCCAGUUCAGUGGGUUGACUGUCUACAGCCACUAUUAGACAUUUCUGAAUAUGGAAGGGGAAGUCAAGCAACAUCUGUAUCUUCUUCAGCAUUCGCAGGCCUCCUGCAGACUCCUAGCAAGGCUGAAAAUGGAUCCACUGACAGUGGGGAAAGGAAAGGUGGGAGGGGGUUAAGUUUCGUGAGAGAGCAGUUAAUCCAUUCAACCUUCUAAAGCUAGUUGGGGUUUUCAGAGAGAUUUCUGCUCAACCUGGGAUCUGGCUGCAGAGCUUUGAUGUUGAUAAAUCUGCCUUGAAUUCAUUGGUUUAACUUACACCAAAAUACCAUGUGAGUGUGCUCAUUCCUGUAUAUCCUUAAAACCAUUGCCAUCCCACUGUCCGGUGUCUCUUGAGAGAGCCUCUUUGCAUGUUUUCCGGAAUCUGUGUGUGUCUUUCCUUUCUUCUCCUUUAUUCUUUUUGCUCAAACGUGUGACCAUUCACUGCCCCUCUAGGGCUUCCAUUCGCCAGGAGAAACAUCCCAAAGCCAGCACUGUUCAGCUUGAUACCUUUCUAAUGUC